AUGCUCUCCCCCGAGCGCCACCGCCACCCCCGCCACCCCCCGCCGCAGCCGCCGCACCCCCCGCCGCAGCCCAGCCAUGUCGUGGCCACCAUCGAGAACCUGCCGGCGGAGGGCGGCAGCGGCAGGAGCGGCAUCUCCGCGCCCUCCUCCAGCGUGCGCCAGAGGAUCAGGAAAGUGCUGAACAGGGAUCUCUUGCUGUCUGUGGCACUUGGCCAGGUGCUUUCCCUCCUUAUCUGUGGCAUUGGUCUCACAAGCAAGUAUUUGUCAGAAGAUUUCCAUGCCAAUACACCUGUUUUUCAGAGCUUCCUCAAUUAUAUCCUCCUGUUCUUGGUCUACACAACAACACUGGCUGUCAGACAAGGAGAAGAAAACCUGCUGGCAAUUUUGAAAAGGAGAUGGUGGAAGUACAUGAUCCUGGGGAUAAUAGAUAUAGAAGCCAAUUACCUGGUAGUCAAAGCGUAUCAAUACACCACUCUUACUAGUGUACAGCUCCUAGACUGUUUUGUCAUCCCAGUGGUAAUACUGCUGUCCUGGUUCUUCUUACUGGUACGAUACAAGGCAGUACAUUUCAUUGGGAUCGUGGUCUGCAUUCUAGGCAUGGGCUGCAUGGCAGGAGCAGAUGUCCUCGUUGGGAGACAGCAAGGAGCAGGUGAAAAUAAACUGAUAGGGGAUCUCUUAGUACUGGGUGGAGCAACGCUAUAUGGAAUCUCAAACGUUUGUGAGGAGUACAUCGUCCGAAAUCUGAGUCGAGUGGAAUUCCUGGGCAUGAUCGGACUCUUUGGCUCCUUCUUCAGUGGAAUUCAGCUUGCAAUCAUGGAGCACAAAGAGCUGUUGAAAGUUCCCUGGGAUUGGCAAAUAGGCUUGUUGUAUGUUGGCUUUAGUGCCUGUAUGUUUGGCCUCUACAGCUUUAUGCCAGUGGUCAUAAAGAAAACCAGUGCUACUGCCGUCAACCUCUCCCUACUCACAGCUGACCUGUACAGCCUUUUCUGUGGAUUAUUCCUCUUUCACUACAAGUUUUCAGGACUUUACUUGUUGUCAUUCUUCACUAUCCUUGUUGGGCUAGUGCUCUACUCUUCCACGUCCACCUACGUAGCCCAGGAUCCUCGGGUGUACAAGCAGUUUCGAAACCCUUCAGGACCUGUUGUAGACCUGCCAGCCACUGGCCAGCUGGAGCCUUCGGUAACAUACACCAGCCUGGGGCAGGAGACAGAAGAGGAGCCUCACGUUAGAGUUGCUUAAACCCAGGGCUGUUGAUCACCUGCUGAUGAUUCAGUGGAGCUCGUAUAUCCAUUAUCUCUGUAUUGUACAUAGAGAAAGGUAUUUACCAGGUGCAGUUACACCGGUGAGAUGCAAGGUAGCAAAUAAGGAAAGCUCAUAAAAAUACAAAUGAAUUGUGUGUUCAUUGCAAGGAGAUGCCAGUCCCUCGUUUACGAUACAAGCAGCAUGUUUGCAAUACAAACUGCUGUCUAUGAAUCAGUUAAUGUCAAACUACCUGUGGAAGGUAUUCAAUAUAUAAGCUGAAAUUACAAAAAUAAGUUCAUCAAAGGGUGUGUCUGCACCCACUGAGAGAGAUUACACCUAAGCCACAUCAGUUGUGGAAAAUCUGCCUUUUUACAGCAAACACACUUGUGCAGUCACUGUUAAUUUCUCUCUAAGAUUUGUUUGAUUGCACAAAAUAGAUGGGUUACUCGUGAUGGCAACACCCUGACGCAUUUUUGCUAGUACCUUGGGAUUUGGUGAGGGAAAGACAAUGGAUUCAUUUUUGCUAUCUGUCUAGUUGCCCUUUCUAGGUAAUCUGUUCCAUGAAUCCAGAGAAGGGACAACUUACAAUAUCUGUCUCUAUUCUAGGAAUAGGUAUAAGGCGAGUGUUUUAGCCUUUCUAUAUUUGCAGAAGUGAAGAACUCAAACAUCGACCUCUCUAUGAUCCAUGGCAGAUUUCCUAGCAGCUGAGGUUCUGCAUCAGGUGACAGGGAGUUAGUUUCUCUGUAGUUGUGACAACACAGAUUUCUUACUUUUUAAAUUUUAAUCUGUAAAAAGAAAAACACGUUUUCUAGUUUCUUAUGUAUUAUACCACUCUGUGGUAAGAUGACGUCACACGGAUCAGGACAGUUAUUUUAGAUGCUCAGUGCAUUGAGGGCACCUUCUGCUGUUCCAGUUUGCUUAGUCUCCUGUGGUUCAAUAUUUUAACAAUAGCUAUUUAGAAAUAUGUGAGAGUUUUUCUGCCAAACCCCACAAAUUGUAAAAAUCAGGAAGAUUAAGCGAGGAAUUCAUGAGCAGAAAGACUGGACUAUCUGCUGGUGUUGCUGCAGUAGUGCUAAGGCAUUCAUACUGGCAGGGUGCAGCCAAUUAUUUUUCAUUAACUACAGAACUAGCAGAAGAAGUCAGCAAUUUUCUUACAUUCCUGGGGACACAGGAAAAUAGUAAGGGUGUGCUCCACAAUUCUGCUCCAGAAGCCUUAUCAGAAUGGAGGAAAUCUUAGUCACCAUCACGAAAAAUCCAUCUCUGCCUGUAUGCUCUUUUGAGAGCCCAAUAAAAGGAAAUCAUUAUUUCAACAUCCAUCAUCCAUUUUUAAUUUAAAAUUAAGGAAGGAGAGAUGAUCUUACAUAGAUAGGGUAGGGAUCCAGGAGAGCUUAGUUUUAUUCACAGAUCUGCCACAUCUCUGUGUGGUCCUGGGGCAUGACUUGCCUUCUGUGUGGCUUGAGUUUCCCUAACUGUAUAUACAGGAAUAAUUAUAUUUUACCUACCUCACAGGGGUGCUACGGGAACAAGUUAUUUUAAAAUGCUUCAGGAUCUUCAAAAGGAAGGAGUUUAAGAAGUACACAGUAAUGCUGUAAAAGUGUGCACACAUUCAUCGUACUUGAAAAUGGAGUUUAUGGCAGAGUUGGUGAAUGUUUUGCCUGUGGGCAUUGAAGAUGAAUUUGAUUUGAAUGUUAUUCCACUGAAGAAUUCUGUCUCGAGCAAAAAAGUAGGCUUCAUGUUUGAAAAAUACAAUUUACCAUUUAUAUUUUUAAAAGAAAAAAAAAAAUCAAUCUGUACUGUGGAGAUUAGAAAGGCCACACAGUUCAACCAAGCAGGACAGAUUUCUAUUGAGGUAACAUGCAUCUAUCCUGCUUUAAUAUAGAAGGGAAUUUCCUGAAGCAGACUGGAAGAAGUAGGUAAGCAUAAUAUACAUGAAGUGGCAAAAGUCAAAAUACUAUUGAACAGCAGAAGGAUGAUGUAUCUUAUUUUUAGUGUGGAGGAGCAGAAGAGGUGAUUUCGGUCCCACUGUGUUUAAGCUGCCUGCCAGGGUCCUGCUGCAGCUGAGGAAAGGGUCUGCAGUAUUGCCAAACCAUGCCCAAAACUGGCAUAAAAUUCAGUUAAAAUGGUUUGAUUUCAAACUCAUAACUAUUUUUUAUAAUUAUUUUUUUUAUUCUGCCUUCAGUUUUAUUUCAUCUUUUUAGCAUUCAUCUUUCCAAGCUUCUUCUCUUAAACCACUGAGGAUUUCAAAAAAUAAAAGAUUCCCACGGGGAAAUGCAGCCCGUAUUCUGGGGAUAUUAAGGAAAGUCUAAAUCAUACAGGAUUCAAAGGAAAAAAAAAACUCAAAACUACACAAGAAAGAUUACCUGAUACUUCAGGGUAAGGUCUGUGGGGUUGAAGUUCCUGUGCAUGGUCGGGUGAAGCCCUCAUGCAGAGUGGCCAGCAAGCAUCUGCAUGUGAAGCCCUGGGAGAGCUUUGAGUUGAGAUGGGCUUCAUACAUUCCUCAGGAGCCAGGGCUCUGGCCACAGCCACCAUGGCUCCUUUGGGUACCCAGAGGCACACUGGUGGGCACCUGUCAUCUCAGUCUAUUUUGCUACCUUUUAUACUGAUUAAAUACCUUUCUCUGAACAUUAGUCCCCGUGUUGGUCUGAGAACCUCGAGGACUGUGUGCGUGUGUGUUUGUUUCAUGUUUACAAUUACUGCCUUUGCAUAAUUGUUUUGGUUAAUUUCAUUAAUAGUAUUUAUUUUUAAGCCAAAUGUUUGUAGUCCUUCCACCUCCCCCUCCUCAUUUUUCUGACACUAACUUGUAGAUGUUUGUUGCAGUCUUCUCAGAAACAGCUGAGCUGGAGGCUCCUCCUGGCCAGGUGACUGGGCUGGGAGUUUCUACAUACAAGGGUUGCGAUCCACAGGUGGCUGAGAGGUGCCAUCUGAAGCACUUAUUAUAGGCUAUUUAAAAGGCUCCAUUGCACAAACGUGUUAUGAAUGUUUCGGCGUGUCCUCUGUGCCCAGCCACCAUCCCCUGUGUUGGUCACACAGGAGGAGUUUGAUGUGCAAAGUGCGGGGGAUGCUUCACCGUCAGCGUCUCCCGUUACACCGGGUGGAUACUUGGAUUAGCACCAGUGUGCUGGUGCUGGAUGGACCUCAAAGGAAAUCAGUAGUUUAGCUUUACAAGUGACUGUGUUGACUGAAAAACUGAGGUCUAGUAAAGGAAAGGAUAACUUUUACCAGCUUGUUUUCUGCAGCUGGAGACCUCAGCACACACCAGCAAAGGUUCAGCUCUCACCGGCAGCUACUUUCCGAGGACAUCUCUGGCUCUGUGUAGCUCCAUACCUGAACAAACUGAAACUCUGUUACACUGCUGACUCUGAGCAGCCCUUAGCAAGACUGAUGUAAUUUUCUGCUACUGGAUUAAAACCUUCACUGGGAGACAGACCUUGUCUUUGUUCCAGCUAUCAAGUUUCAAAACACACAAGGAUAGACCAAGCAAUUGAAAAUUUUGCACCACUGUGUCAUAAGAAGACGUUUCAGUGUAUAGUGUAGAGAUUGCUAACUUGUGCUAUUAACAUUUUGACAAGCGUGUAGUAUCAUUUUCUUUCAUUUUUUUUUAAAACCAUCUAGUAUUCCUGAGCUAGCUACAAAUACAAAUUUUACCCCAUGGGUAGGAUUUUAUUGUUAAAUGCCAUAAUAAAGCACACUAAUCUUGACAACACAGAUGAAAAUAUGAACCAAAACCAAAACCAAGCAAACAAAAUCCCAACCCCAUAUCCUGCAUUGAAAAGCUGAACAAACCUUUCUCCAUUUUGAUAUUUGCAUGCACCUAUAUGGACUGGCUGUGGCAAUGUAAUGCCUGUAUCAUGUUUUCAAAUAAAAAAAUAAAUGCUUUAUGAAAGC